AUGAAAGUAAAAGUAAUAUCACGCUCUACUGAUGAGUUUACUCGAGAAAGAAGCCAAGAUCUUCAGAGAGUGUUCCGCAAUUUCGACCCCAAACUUCGUCCUCAAGAGAAAGCAGUUGAAUAUGUCAGGGCACUUAAUGCUGCCAAGUUAGAGAAGAUCUUUGCAAGACCAUUUAUAGGAGCAAUGGAUGGUCACAUAGAUGCUAUUUCGUGUAUGGCGAAGAACCCCAAUUUCUUGAAAGGGAUUUUUUCCGGCUCUAUGGAUGGAGAUAUUCGCCUCUGGGAUAUAGCUUCCAGGAAAACAGUUUGUCAGUUUCCUGGUCACCAAGGUGCUGUAAGAGGCUUAACAGCAUCCACUGAUGGAAGCACCCUAAUAUCUUGUGGAACAGAUUGCACUGUUAGGAUUUGGAGUGUGCCAGUAGCUGCUACCUUGGAAUCAGAUCAUGCCUCUAAUAAGCCCAUCGAGGCCAAUGCAGUUUAUGUUGGAAAGAAUGCUUAUUGGGCCGUAGACCAUCAGUGGGGUGGUGACCUCUUUGCUACAACUGGUGCUCGAGUUGAAAUUUGGAACCACAACAGGUCGCAGCCUGUAAACACUUUCGAGUGGGGGACAGAUACAGUUAUCUCCGUCCGGUUUAAUCCUGGGGAGCCAAAUCUUUUGGCCACGUCAGCUAGUGAUCGCAGCAUUGCGUUGUAUGACUUGCGCAUGUCAACUCCUGCAAGGAAACUUAUCAUGCAGACAAGAACCAAUUCCAUUGCUUGGAACCCCAUGGAGCCACUCAACUUCACAGCAGCAAAUGAGGAUUGCAGCUGCUAUAGCUAUGAUGCUAGAAAACUGGACGAAGCCAAAUGUGUGCACAAAGAUCAUGUUUCUGCAGUCAUGGACAUAGACUACUCUCCUACUGGCCGGGAGUUUGUAACUGGAUCUUAUGAUAGAACUGUUAGAAUUUUCCCAUAUAACGGUGGCCAUAGUCGGGAAAUCUAUCAUACAAAGAGAAUGCAAAGGGUAUUUUGUGUCAAAUUUAGCAGUGAUGCAAGUUACAUUAUUUCAGGGAGUGAUGACACAAACCUUAGGUUGUGGAAAGCUAAAGCAUCGGAGCAGAUGGGAGUUUUGCUUCCAAGGGAACAGAAAAAGCACGAAUACCAGGAAGCUGUCAAGAAUCGUUAUAAGCAUCUACCUGAAGUCAAAAGGAUAGUGAGACAUAGGCAUUUGCCAAGACCAAUAUACAAAGCUAAGGAGUUGCGCCGCUCGGUGAUUGAUGCUGAGAAGAAGAAAGAGGAAAGGAGGAAAGCUCACAGCACCCCAGGGAGCAUCGUUACGGAAUCAGUGCGUAAAAGGAGGAUCAUUAGAGAAGUUGAGUAG